AUGCUUCGGCUGCAACAACCAGGCGACAGCCCUUACUCCAUGCGCCGCAACCCUCGGAACCCAUCCGCGACGCAGCCGUCUCCCAGCUUCCUACAGAACCACAUCAACAUCUGGUGCCUCCGCCUCACACGGAACAGAGACGACCGAAACGACCAGUGGGCAUUUGCAAUCUCCAGCUUCUCGAAUAAUAACUGGGACAUAGUCCAUCUUGAGAAACAGGGACGGAACUUAUGCAAGCUGAACAUGGUGAGCGUGGCUGUCCUGUCGCAGGAAGUAGAACGCUUCAGGCUGGUGACACUACCUGCCGAACAAAGGCCCGAAAUACUACGCCUGGCAAACGAAGUGUCACUGGAUACGUGGUCCGCCGAUCACCCUUCGCAUGAGCAUUUGCGCAAGAUUUGGGACACGAUGAACGAUGAGUGUUGGCUGCUGGAGGAGGAGUAUUAUUUCGGCCUGGAUACACUUGUGAGGUUGUCGAGAGAGCCUGAGAAUUGGUUGGGUCUGCGAAGGAUUGAUUUUGAGUAG